AGUGCAUCGACUGUUCCCGUCUCCCCACCCUACCUAGCAAAGGUCUGUGUAUUUGUGUAAGGAGCCAACGCUUAGGUUGCGGAGCUGCCGGUGAUUCUGGUAUAUGUAAGCUGUAGCUGUUGCUGCGUGGUCGCAAACUGUUGAGCUAUCUUCUCCAUCGCCGGCAGUCUGGUAAAAUAUUGUUAUUUUGCACAUUAAAAAUGGCAAACAUUGGACGUCUUCUAGUUUCCCGCGUCGCUGGUCAGCUGGUGCGCAAUGUGGCUGCCAGCCAGCAACAGCAACAAGCCAAUCUGCUGCGGUUCUACAGCAGCGCUCCCAAGUCGUACGAAUUUAUCAAAGCCGAACUGACGGGUGAGAAGAAAAAUGUCGCCCUGAUCACGUUGAAUCGCCCUAAAGCUCUUAACGCCCUGUGCAAUGGCCUGGUGGAGGAAAUCAGCGAUGCCCUCGAUCGCUACGAGGCAGAUGAUUCGGUAGGCGCGAUCGUCAUCACUGGUAGCGAGAAGGCGUUUGCUGCUGGCGCUGACAUUAAGGAAAUGCAACCCAACACGUACGCCAAGUGCAUAAACACAAACUUCCUGGCAAAUUGGACUCGCGUGGCUAAAGCUCAGAAGCCCGUUAUUGCCGCAGUCAAUGGAUACGCCUUGGGCGGAGGUUGUGAGCUGGCCAUGAUGUGCGACAUUAUCUACGCCGGCGAGAAGGCGCGUUUUGGCCAGCCGGAAAUUGCACUAGGUACGAUUCCCGGUGCCGGUGGCAGCCAGCGCACGACCCUUGCGAUGGGCAAAUCGAAGGCGAUGGAGAUGUGCCUGACCGGAAACAUGAUUACGGCGGAGGAAGCCGAACGUUCCGGGCUUGUCAGCAAGGUCUUCCCGGCUGACAAGGUGGUGGAUGAGGCGGUGAAGCUGGGCGAGAAAAUCUCCACCUUCUCGCCGCUGAUCGUGCGCCUUUGCAAAGAAGCAGUGAACGCGGCCUACGAAAUGUCGUUGAAUGAGGGUUUGCGGUUUGAACGACGCCAUUUCCAUGCCACCUUCUCGACUAAGGACCGUAUGGAGGGUAUGACGGCGUUCGUGGAGAAACGUCCUCCGAAAUUUACCAACGAAUAAGGAUCGAUACAAGCAUUCCUCAUCUUUUCGAGCUGUCACCGGUACUUUCAGCCAUAUUAACACCAGUUGCAUUUACUACAUAUGAAUGGAUCGUUCUCAGAAUGAUCUGUUUUCAGACGUAGCUUACUUUAUACAGGUUUCCUUAAAGUGAAGCAAUUUUGAGAUAACAAUAAACCGAAUAAAAUUCGCAUAGU